AUGCCUGAAGAGGGCCGCGCAGUGCCCAGUGACAGCAAUGAUAAUAAUGAGAAUGGUGUCCGAUCACCAGGGUACCGGGCAGGGGACGAGGAGGCGGCGGUGGUGAUGCCACUGUCUUGGGGGAGCCAGAUCUUACUGCCAGAUGAGACCCUGGAGGGAGAUGCCGGCCAAUCAGAUACUUACCUUCUGCCCUCCAAAAUCCUGGGGAGCAGCAGUCUGAGCAAGGAGAACCCCGAAGAGAGCGUGACCACGGCCCCUCUGAAUCCAGUGCAGUCUGGGGAUGAGCUUCGCGAGCCGGAGUUGGAAGGGACCGUCCCCUUCAUGCCUCAAGACGCCGCGGCCGUGUCUACACUGCUUCCGCUUCUGGCGGAGCAGGGCACGGCGCACGCCUUCCCCACCAGGAAGAAGCCGCCUUCGCUCAAGCAGGUGAAUUCGGCCAGGAAGCAGCUGAGGCCGAAGGCCACCCCCGCAGCGGCCACGCAGAGGACCGCAUCCCAGCCGGCAUCCCCGGCCCCGGGUCUCCUGUCCUCCGCCCCGGGGAAGCCCCGCCCACCCGGUGACCAGGACCCCAUGGCCUCCGCAGGGGAGGAGACCCGCCCACUGUCUCUGUCCUCCGAGGAGCCCCUCUGGCUGGAGCGGAAGGAAGGCGCGGUCCCCACGACCCCUGCGCCCCUGCAGAUCGCCCCCUUCACCUCGCAGCCGCUGGUGGCCCACACGCUCCCCCAGAGCCCCGACCCCGGGGCGCCCGCCAUGCCCGAGGAGGCCCCGGAGGCUCCCCCCGAGGAUGCAAGCCCCGUGACGCUGAUGGACAAAGGGGAGACCGAGCUGACCGGGUCAGCCUCAGAGGAGAGCCAGGAGACCACCACGUCCACCAUCAUCACCACCACGGUCAUCACCACCGAGCAGGCCCCAGCUCCCUGCAGCGUGAGCUUCUCGGAUCCCGAAGGGUACAUCGACUCCAGUGAUUACCCGCCGCUGCCCCUCAACAGCUUCCUGGAGUGCACAUACAACGUGACGGUCUACACUGGCUACGGGGUGGAGCUCCAGGUGAAGAGCGUGAACCUGUCCGAGGGGGAGCUGCUCUCCAUCCGAGGGGUGGAUGGCUCCUCCCUGACCGUCCUGGCCAACCACACGCUCCUGGUCGAAGGCCAGGUGAUCCGCAGCCCCACCAACGCCAUCUCCGUGUACUUCCGCACCUUCCUGGACGCCGGCCUCGGGACCUUCCAGCUGCACUACCAGGCCUUCAUGCUGAGCUGCAACUUCCCCCGCCGGCCUGACUUCGGGGACGUCACAGUGAUGGACCUGCACUCGGGCGGGGUGGCCCACUUCCACUGCCACCUGGGCUACGAGCUCCAGGGCGCCAAGACGCUGACGUGCAUCAAUGCCUCCAAGCCCCACUGGAGCAGCCAGGAGCCCAUCUGCUCAGCCCCUUGUGGAGGGGCUGUGCACAACGCCACCAUCGGCCGCGUCCUGUCCCCAAGUCACUCUGCAAACGCCAAUGGGAGCCAGUUCUGCGUGUGGACGAUCGAAGCUCCAGAGGGCCAGAAACUGCACCUGCACUUUGAGCGGCUGGUGCUGCAUGAGAAGGACAGGAUGAUGGUCUACAGCGGGCUGACCAACAAGUCCACUCUUCUCUACGACUCCUUCCAAACUGAGAAUGUCCCCUUUGAGGGCCUGCUGAGCGAUGGCCAUACCAUCCGCAUUAAAUUCACGUCCAACCAGCCGCCGGCGGCCUCAGCCUUCAACAUCCGGUUCGAGGCCUUUGAGAAAGGCCACUGCUACGAGCCCUACAUUCAGAACGGGAACUUCACCACGUCCGACCCAACCUAUAACAUCGGGACCAUAGUGGAGUUCACCUGCGACCCCGGCCACUCUCUGGAGCAGGGCCCGGCCAUCAUUGAGUGCAUCAACGUGCGAGACCCGUACUGGAAUGACACAGAGCCCCUGUGCAGAGCCAUGUGCGGUGGGGAGCUCUCUGCCGUGGCCGGGGUGGUGCUGUCGCCAAACUGGCCAGAGCCCUACGUGGAAGGUGAAGACUGUGUCUGGAAGAUCCACGUAGGCGAGGAGAAGCGGAUCUUCUUAGACAUCCAGUUCCUGAACCUCAGCAACAGCGACAUCCUGACCAUCUACGACGGUGACGAGGUCAUGCCCCACAUCUUGGGACAGUACCUGGGAAACAGUGGCCCCCAGAAGCUGUACUCGUCCACACCGGACCUAACCAUCCAAUUCCACUCGGACCCCGCUGGCCUCAUCUUUGGGAAGGGCCAGGGAUUCAUCAUGAACUAUAUCGAGGUGUCAAGGAACGACUCCUGCUCCGAUUUGCCCGAGAUCCAGAACGGCUGGAAAACCACUUCUCAUACGGAGCUCGUGAGGGGGGCCCGAAUCACCUACCAGUGUGACCCCGGCUACGACGUCGUGGGGAGCGACACCCUCAUCUGCCAGUGGGACCUCAGCUGGAGCAGCGACCCCCCAUUCUGCGAGAAAAUCAUGUACUGCAGCGACCCCGGGGAGGUGGACCACUCGACCCGCCUGAUCUCUGACCCCGUGCUACUGGUGGGCACCACCAUCCAGUACACCUGCAGCCCGGGCUUCGUGCUGGAGGGGAGCUCCCUCCUGACCUGCUACAGCCGCGAGACCGGCACCCCCAUCUGGACCUCCCGCCUGCCCCACUGUGUCUCGGAGGAGUCCCUGGCCUGUGACAACCCAGGGUUACCGGAGAACGGGUACCAGAUCCUCUACAAACGACUCUACCUGCCCGGAGAGUCCCUCACCUUCAUGUGCUACGAGGGCUUCGAGCUGAUGGGCGAAGUGACCAUUCGCUGCAUCCUGGGCCAGCCAUCCCACUGGAAUGGGCCGCUGCCCGUCUGCAAAGUUAAUCAAGACAGCUUUGAACACGCCUUAGAAGUAGCAGAAGCGGCAGCAGAGACGUCUCUGGAAGGAGGAAGCAUGGCUCUGGCUAUCUUCAUCCCUGUCCUCAUCAUCUCCUUACUGCUGGGAGGAGCCUACAUUUACAUCACCAGAUGCCGCUACUACUCCAACCUCCGCCUGCCUCUGAUGUAUUCCCACCCCUACAGCCAGAUCACCGUGGAGACUGAGUUCGACAACCCCAUCUACGAGACGGGGGAAACCAGAGAGUAUGAAGUUUCCAUCUAGAGAGAGCUCCACGUGAGACGGGAACUUACAAAUACGAACUCAACUACAGCCUCCUCGAGAGACUCAUCCAGAGACCAUGUGGCAUUUGAUGGAAACCCCGGAGUGUCGGCUGGCUUUUCUUUAGACUCUUUACUGGAGACUUACUGUUUUCUUCGCUGUAUUUAUUAUAUUUAAAAUCGAGUUUAGGUGUGUGGUCGGAUGUAUUGCAGCUGCAGCCAAAUUCGUGGCAUGGCCUCAGUCGUGAAGGCGGGUGGAGGACCUGUAAAAUGGCAAAUGCAGCAACUGAGGGAAGAGGGGGAAAAAUAAACAGAACACAACAGGCUGUCUCCCAUAAGCAACUAUGGCUGCAUCAAAUUGCAUGCCUCUUCAGGAUCCAUGCCCAUGGUGUUUUCGUACAAAUCUAAGUCCCAAGGUUAGGUUGGAAAGGGGUAUUUCUUGUUGGAUUAACUGGGGUUGGAAUUUGGCAUAGAGACUUAAACAGCUCUGCUCCAAAAUCAGUCUGCGUCCUUCCUUCCAAUUUCCCGGGCUUCUCAAAGGACUCACCCCAACCCCUUCCCUCCCAUGGCCCCUCUGAGGGCAGCAAGGUUGUUCCAUGAACAUUCUCUUUCACCACCCCAGCCUCCCUGGCUGCUGUCAAACUAAGAAAAUGUUUUCUUUCUAUAAAGGUGACAGAUGACAAAGGAAAGUUUUCAGAGAAGAUGAGCGAUUUGAGUUCCAGUGAAGAACUGGAUGAGGGGGAUCACUGGGUAAGGGAAUGGAGUGGAUAAAAUGUUCUUUUCCGUGACACUCUUCCAGUGAUGAAAGAGCAGGUAAUUUAUGCCUCCAGGGCCAGAAUCGAUCACCAUGUUCAGCAAGGCCACCCUCAAGCUGUGAUGAUUGAUCCGCGUGCUUUGGAGGCAUGAGGAAUGUUGCCAGGAUAGUUACAAGGGCAUGGGGUUGCAGGGGAGGAAUCCAGGGGUGAGCCCUGAUUCCCCCCCCCCCAGGAUGCUGGAGUGCCAGAGCCCUUAAAAUAGUGGAGAUUCAAGUAAGGUGGCACCUUCAGAAGACCCUUACAUUUAAGUAUUUUGGAGGGAGGGUCCCAUAGAAAGAAACUGCUUUUCUGUUCUCCAAAGCUCUGCCCAGAUGUUGAAUGGUGGUGUGAAUGCUUGACCAUGGAGGUGCUUAGGAAGAGGAAUGGGGAUUUAAAACCCCCAUGGCAUCCUCAUCACAUGAUUCAAACUCCAGUGAGAAGGGGAGAAGUUUCAGGCCAGAAAGGGAUUCUCAGCAGUUCACUAAUCCUGUGAGCAUCCUGGCAUUUUAUCAGGGUUCUUUGCCCCACCCCAGUAGGACUGGUGAGCAUGUGAUUAUCGGGAAGAUUUUUUUUUUCCUAAAUAUAGGUGUAAAGAGAAGGUGAGGGGUAAGGAUGCUCGGAAGUAAUAGCCCACGUGAGGCUAGUUCAUCUCCCAAGUGAUGGCCGGUGGCUCAGAGAGGCGCACCGGCCUGGUCGCUUUGGGGGUCCUCUUUGGCACCUUCUCAUGCUCUCUAGGAUUGUUUUAAAUCAGCCAGUUUUCAAACAUGAAAAGGCUUUUCAGGCUGCCCUGCCUUUGGGGCAAUGGCCUGGAGUCCGUGUCUUGGAAGCUUGCUUAGAAAGCCUCUGAAACAGAAUACAGAAUACAGCAGUUGGCUUGGCAGACACACAGACACAUACACCCUCCUCCCAGCAGGACCGUGGACCUCGGUCUCGGGGGGUCCGAGGCCCACUAUAUUUUCCUUCUGCCAGAAAAGGAUCCUGCAUACUUGCUUCUUCCAGCAUGCACUUGUGGUGCACAGCAGGAGGUCAUAAAAGGCUGCCUUCCAGCGGCCCAGAGUCCACCCCAUUCUAUGAAAGAACCAGAGGAGAGAUGUUCCAGACCAUUGGUGAGCAAUGUCAUGUCUGGAGAAACAGCAGCAAUGCAAAUAAUGCAAACCCUUAAAAAAAAUUUUUUAAAAAGGCAGAAUCCAAUCGUUGCUUUGAUAUCUAUUUGUGGCUGAUUUAGCCCUAACCUUGGGUCAUCCAGAAUGAUGAAGUCUAUUAAUGACAUUUAAUAUUAGAACAGACUAUGGUUAUGUGAACACUAAACAUUUGCCUUUCAUAAAGACUGACAAAAAAUAAAAUCUUUAUUCUAACCCCGUUCCCUAAAACUGGCCAAGCCAUGGCCUAGGCGUUCUUAUUGGCUGUUGGAAGGAGUAGAGAGGUGGAGUUUUGUUUUCUUUUUUUUUUCAGGAUUCCAAUGUAUCAGUUCUGUCUUAGUAGUACAGCUCCUGUAGCCAUGUUUUACAAGUUUAAGCCAAAAGUUGGAUCAUGCAAGCUUGACAAGGUAUACUGUGAUUGAAGGACAGGUUGGUGUCUAUUUUUCUUUUUCAAAUAUCUGAAUGUGUCUUUGUAAUAUGUCAAGGUGAAACAAAUCAUGAGAGCCGUGCCAAAAAUCUACCAGGCAUCUCACUUCAGCUCCUGUCAUGUCUGUUUUUCUAAGAUCAAUGUUAAAAUCCGCUGGGAUUAAAUAUUUUUGAAUAGGCUACAAUCCUGAGAAACUCGAGAAUGGACUGAACCUUCCUACAAGCUACCCUUUGUAAAACAUCGGGGAAAUACGUUUACAGAGAUUUCGAGCUUCAAAGAAUGCAUGUGAUGGUGUGUAUUACAUGCUAAUUCGUAUAAGCUGUAUCUGCCAGCUAUCACCUUGUGCUUUAAAAAGGCACACACUCAACUCUCUUCAGCUUGGAACUCAUCCUUCUGCUUUUUUCAGGGGUAGAGGGUAGAAUUAUUUAGCCAACAUAAGUAUUCCGGUCGCUACUUGAUGGCCAUCCUUACUUAGUUCCACAGACAUGCUUUAAAAAAUUAUCUUUUGAAGCCAGCUCCUUGGAGAGCCUGCAGAACCUAAGGCUGAUAGCUUUGGAAACUGCCAAACAGCCCAGCAGGAAACGACGUGGCUGCGUGACCCAAAUGGUUGUAUGCGGGAUUUGGCAAACACAUGGGUAGAUUGAGGCUAAGCGUGAGCCUUGGGUAAAAAUGACCUUUUCUUUGGGGUCGACCCAAAGGGUCUGACUUUCCUACGCUUUUUGAGGUCACUGGGUCAUUUGAGGUCAGGUUUUAUUGUAGGUAGGCUUUCUCCUGGGGAGUUUUCAUUUCCAUUUUUUUUUUUUUGCCCAAAUUAAACGCAAAACAA